CGGUUUGAAAGCGAGCGCGGGCGUCGAGCUGCGCGGUGACGGCGGAGGAAGCUACGAGUGAGCCGAGCCUGAGGCGGGGAGGUGUCUGCGUUGGGGAUGCUUUGUGGUGUCUCGCUUCGGGUAACAGGCCUGGGCUUGCGGCGGAGAGCUGUGGAAGUGUAGUUGAAAUUUCUUGUCAGUAAGUUUAACAUUCUGUUCUUCUGCGUGAUGAAUUUUCUUUUGGAGAUUCGAACUGAAGCCUAUACGGAGGAAAUGUUAUUUUUAAGGGAAAUGAAUAGAAAUAAUCCACUUUGAAGAAGCCAUGGCAAAAUCAAACACAAAACAUAGACUUUGUUCUCGGGAAUCUUCAGUAUCUUCGCUGCUGGCAAGUUGCAGCCUGAGUGGUAGUAAUUCCUCUAAUUCUGAUGGCUCUUUUCACUAUAAAGAUAAGCUCUACAGAUCUGCUUCUCAAGCUCUACAGGCUUAUAUUGAUGAUUUUGAUUUAAGCCAAAUGUACCCUGGUGCAAGCACUGGAAAAAUUAACAUUGAUGAGGGUUUUACUAAUACGCCACAAUUCAACUAUAGUUACAAACCAAACAAUGCUUUUGAAAACCUUGAUCGCAAAAAGCACUCAAACUUCAUAUCCUAUAAAAGACAGACUACUAAUGACAUAGACUCUAUGAGCCUAACAACUGAUGAUCUAUUAAGACUCCCAGCAGAUGGAUCAUUUUCUUUUACUUAUGUUGGACCAAGUCACCGAACGAGGAAGAAAAACAAGAAAUGCCAUGGAAGACUGGGUUCAUUGGACACUGAAAAGAAUCCAAAUUUUCAAGGACCCUCCACUCCCAUGGACAAAGAUAACUUAGUUACUCCUGCUGUAUGCACAAAUAUAAAUGGAAAGCAAUUUGGUAGGCUGAAAAACCCAAAACUUAUCAAUAGGACUAAUAAUUGCAAGAAAUCGUCUUUCCAGGACAGUUCAGAACACAGUCUUGAAAAGAAUUAUCCAAGAUGGCUCACUAGCCAGAAAUCUGACCUUAAUGUUUCAGGGAUAACCAGUAUACCUGAUUUCAAAUACCCUGUCUGGCUCCACAAUCAAGAUUUGCUACCUGAUGCAAAUAGUCAAAGGGUUUAUAAAAUAUUUAAAGAUGAUCAGUGUCCCCUUAGACGUAGUCAUCAGGCACAAGGAACUUCUCAGCUUGUUAAUAAAUUAGAUUUUGAAUAUUCUUUUGAACCCUCAAAGUUUUCAAAUUCCUUGAGUGAUGAUAAAGAAUUAGUUAAUGAAUACAAAUGUGAUUUUGAACAUAGCCAGUGUCAAUGUGAGAAUCCGCUUCUCCCAGGACAAUCCACACAGCCGUUCAGUGGUGACAAAAUUGAAUUGCUUAUCUUGAAGGCCAAGAGAAAUCUAGAGCAGUGUACUAAAGAAUUACCAAAGUCUAUGAAACAGGAUGACAGUCCUUGCUCAUUAGAUAAACUUGAAGCAGAAAGAUCAUGGGAAAACAUUCCUGUUACUUUCAAAUCUCCUGUUCCUGUUAACUCUGAUGAUGGUCCUCAACAAACUUCAAGGGCAAAGAGUGCUAAAGGAGUUCUUGAAGACUUUCUAAAUGAUAAUCAGAGUUGUACUCUUUCUGGAGGCAAACAUCAUGGUCCUGUUGAAGCCCUGAAACAAAUGUUAUUUAAUCUUCAAGCAGUACAAGAAAGUUUUAAUCAAAAUAAGACCACAGAGCCAAAAGAAGAGAUUAAACAAGCUUCAGAAGAUGAUUUCUCUAAAUUACAGUUGAAAGAAAGUAUGAUUCCUAUUACUAGGUCACUUCAGAAGGCUUUGCACCAUUUAUCUCGCCUGAGAGACCUGGUUGAUGAUGCUAAUGGAAAAGAGUCACCGAAAACGUGAAGAGGAAAAUGAAACUGUCACCAAAAUAAAUAGUCACCACAGAACAAAUAUUUUUUUUCUAUUACAUAAACUGACAAAGUAAAUAUAAGCCAUAUAUUAUUUUGUAAUUGGUUCAAUGAUUAUAUAUUUCUGAAACACUGAACUUGAAAAUACCCAUAGGUUUUGUGACCUAUUUUUAUUUUGUGCCAACAUAUUAGAAUGUGAGCUCCAAAGACCCACAAUAUAUCCUAAAGUCUUACUUUUGUCUUCUGGCCAGCGAAUGUCUAAUAUUUAAAGAUGGAUGACUUCUGUUCUUGAAACCUGUGUGGAUUUUAACCUUCUUCAGCAUCCUUAACAUUUUAUUAUCUGGUUCAGGAUCAUUAAGAAACUUCCUGGUUUUUAUCCAAAAUCUCUUACGUUAAAUAGACUUUUUUUUUGGUUAUAGUUAGCGUCACUUUUAAACAGCUUAAAGGAAUAUCAAAAUUGUUAUUGUAUAUCUCAUCUAUAUGGAAGUCUGUUGCUUUUAAGUUUUCAUAAAUUUAAUAUUUAAGAUACAUUGUAUUUGAAAAAUUACAAAUAGUGGAGCGAUAUUGUGUUAAAAGGAAUUCUAUGCUGUGACAUUCAAGAGAAUCUUCUCAUUUAAUUAGUACUUUGAUUAUAUAUAAGAUAAUCUUAAUGGUUAACAGUUUCCAAAACCUUUUUGGGGGUAUAUUUAAGAAUUUGAUAUUUUGAUAUUAGAUUGUUUACCAGAUUUUAAUUUUGGGAUUAGCUCAAACUAGUGAAAAUUAUGACUUAAUGACCAAUUGCUUUAUGAAAUUUGGUAACUAAACUUAAAAUGAAUAUGGAAAAUCAGAAAGCACCUAUUAUUUUAGAGCUAUUUUGUAAGAGUUGUGCUUUCUCUAACACAAUCUGUAGUCUUAAGUUUGUCUCUAGCUGGAACUGAACAAAGCUCUACAAUUUUUCAGUUUUUAUCAAGCACUUACUAAUCCUUAGAAUUAAGUCAUAGAGUGUAACUAAUAUAGUACAUUACAGCCUGAUAAAGAAUACUAUGAAUAUAUAUAACUACUACAAAUUGACACUUCACUCAGAUGAUAGCAUUUUUGCUCAGUAGAUGUAUUGUCAAAUAGGAAUUUCUAAGCACAUUGUGUCAAAACAUUUUUUCCAAACUAUUAAAGCAUCAUUUAAUAUAUUUGUUAGAAGUGACAUGUCAAACUCUACAGUGAGCCCUGUGGGUUUUUUGUUUGUUUGUUUGUUUUUGCCAGUGAGUGUUUCACCACACUGCUAUGGCCAGUUUGAGAGGCAGUUACCAAGAGGUUUGUUUUGUUUGCCCUGUGGAGAUAUUUUUGCCACUGACAUUGUUUUCUGAUUAUAGUCUGCUUCAUAGAAAAUAGCCUGCAUAAUCAAACAAGGAACUACUUUGAAGAUUAAAGUAUACCUGGCUAUUAAAAAUACAGAUUUUAUAUGGUAAACAUCAGGUAGGUCUGGGUGGGUUAUGUUCUAGGCCUAGCAAACUCCUCUAUUAGACAAGUUCUGAAGAAGGCAGAGAAUAUAAAGGCAUCAGGUGGUAACUUCUAAUUGUAUGUUAAUUAUAUGUUGAUCAUACAUAACAUAUACUAUGCCAGGAAAUUAUAAUGACUGAAAAGCACCUAUUUGGUUAGUGCUUCUAUCUGUGAGAACAUGACAUAUCUCCAAUACUAAAUGAGAUAAGCCUGUUCUAAAAUCUUACAGCCAAAUUUUAAGAAACUUGAUUAUGCUUAUGAAAGGAACAUUGUUUUCUCGUUUUAAGUAUGGAGAGGUUUAAUCCUUUAUCUAAUAAAGGAAUUAAUUUUAGCAAAAUGAUUCCUUCCUACAUUUUUAUAAGAAAUAUCUAGGAGAGUCAACAGAGAAAAAUAAAAUCUAAACUGAUAACUAUUCAAGACAUUCUCUAAAUAAGAGAUUUAAUUACAAGCUUUAUAUCUCAGGGUCCUUUUUAGGAUUCCAGGGGAAAAGAGCAGGAUAACAGUAUGGAGACUGCUAAGUUGAGAAUUUAAAACAAAUGAGAACAUGAGAUUUUAAAAGCUGCAUUGUGAAUAUAAAAUUUUUAUCAAUCCUUUGCUCUUAUUAUUUUAGAUAUAUUAAGAAAAUAGAAGAAAUUAAGAAAUUUUAAUAAGAUGUUUCAGAUCUUUGAGUAUGAAAAUAUAAAAAUUUAAAAGCCUAAUUUCAAAAACUAUUUGAGAUCAAGGGACAAUGUUGUCACCAAUAUGAAGAUUCAAGACUGAACUGUAUUGUCUUCACUAUCAAUAAGAACUUUAUUUUCAGUUUUUUCUCCAACAAUAGAGAUUUCUGACCAAAUUAAGGAACACUGUUUUCUUGGGUUUGUUUUGAGUAUAUGUCAUUAUAGUUAUGUUCUUGUUAAAAUGUAUAAUUGUGGGAUUUUUGUAUUGUUUAGUAUUUAAUGGUGUAUACUGUGUUGUUAAAUUAUAUGUGGUUAUACCAAAAUGUUGCCCGAAGAUAAAUCAUGACAAGGUUCCCUGUUUAUUCCUGUGUUUUAAAUACAUAGAAUUGCUCUUGUAGAUUUGAAUUUUUGUUUCAUUUUUUUCUGUCCCAUCCAUCACUCUCCGUAUCUCAGAACCUUUUUGGUAGAACUGCUAUCCAGAAGUGAACUUGUAAAAAGUCAAGUAGCAUGAAAGGAGACAAAAAGAAAGCAAAAGGCCAAUACAGUGGAUAAUUUCUGAGCACUUGAAGUUUCUUCAAAAGUGCAAGACUGUGUGUCUUCCUAUUAGAUGUAUAAAUUGGAUAUUUCAUGCCUAAUUGAAUGUCGUAUUGGAUUACAGUGCCUAUCAUAAAGUGAUUGGGAUAAAUUGAGGCCUAAACCUGAACACCUUGUAGAGCAUAUUGUUAGAAAUUUUUCCUAUGAUAUUUGAAGUUAUUAUUUUCCCAUUUUCUUUUCUUUUUUUCUUUGUACAUCAUAUGUCCCUAAGAUUGUUUUCCUGUUUUGG